CACCAGUUGUGUACGAUCGCCAGGAAUGUCGUCAAGCAGGCGGUCACGAAUCCCCUCACAGAGAACUCCCAUUGGUUUCACCCCAGCGAAUCGCCUUCGUGGCUUGUUCAGUACGCAGCAAGGCACAUUUCUGCAUACGCCCAGCAAGUCUGCAGCCCAAGUUAGAGGGCUCACGCUUGGUAACGUGCUGUGCUCCUUCAAGAAGUCAGAAGAUAAAUAUCAGUGGCUGGAGAAUGCUCAUGGCGCUCUUGUUGAGCCCAAUGCAUGGGAGACCGUGUCCGAAGGGCAGCUAAAGGCCUUUACUGAGGCGCUUGGGUCUCUUCCGACCUCAGCAAUACAUCCAGCUGAGUUGACUCCGUUUGUGGCCACCAUUCUCCCCCAACUUGGCAAUCUGUCUGUGCACGCAACGCGCUUCCUGUGCGAUCGAGCUUCCUCGUGGACUCCAAAUGUUUGUGAAGCUAUGGCCUCAUGGGUGUCUAAGUCCUGUCCUAGUGUACGAGAGCUAGAGUUCAUCAUCAGGGCUCUGCCAGUAGCUCCUGCCUCUUGUGCUGAUGCUGUGGCAACCCUCUUGGGAUCCAUCCCGGCUCAAGAGGCCCUCAAGGACAUGGUGGCCGAGUAUUGCAUCGUUAUCCCCACUAAUGUAAAGCUAGUCAACGUUGCCGUUGAGAAGCACGUCACGGCAGAGGCGGAUCUUUUGACAAUAUCCAUACAGGGUGCCGUUGAGCAUCUGCAGCGGAUCGCGGAACUCGCCCAUAGUGGGCACUCAGCAUCUGGACUGAACAAGCACUUCAUGGUUUUGAGGACACACAGGCGACUUCUCGACAAAAGUGCCAAUGACACAACAAGAGACACUUGCUUGGUGGCAGCAGACGCAGAACUCACUGACAGGCUUAUCAAGGCCAUCCAGGGUAUCGUGGCCGCCGACCGCGGCGAGAAUGCUGAGAUGUACUCGAAACUCUAUCGGGAGGUUACAAUGAUAUUGGUCACGUGCUUUUGGCGGGAGAUACUCGACGAAGGGCUGCACGCAAUUCCCGAGGUCCUUCCACUCAGGCGGCUUCUCAUGUGCUGCCAUUUGGUUUCUGGAAAGUGCAGCCCUCAGCUGGCCGGUCGCCUCGUGCUGAGCAUUCUUCUCGAUGAGAUCACUAAUGAUAAUUCUGAUAAGAUUUGCGGAGCUCCUAGUCUCAACGGUGGUCUCCCUCUCGCCUGUGCUCUUGCAUGCAAUGGGUCGGCUUGGCACGUCGAGCUAGUCCGAUGGAGUCUAUCCCAAGUCAUCCCUAUGAGGUUUUUCGCGGCAGAAACGUUGCUCCACAUGGGAGAAGUGAAUCCAGCCUUUGGCGAGCAACACGCUAGACUGCUGGCCAACUUAGGGAAGUCACUAUCAGGGUCGAGCGUGGCGAGGCUCGCGUUUGCCUUUGCGGCAUUGGCCUCAGUUCAUCCGAAUAUUAUAUCCAUCUUAUGCAACCAUAUAGACCACAAUGGGUCGGCAUUUGCCCGUGGUGUUCUCGAGCUUCUUCCCGAUCAUCUGCUCUCUGAGCCCGGUCUCACAUCGGCCCUCUUGUCAAGACUAGAAGGCUCUGAGGCAGAGUCGCUUCCUUGGUUGCUGGCAAUCCUGCGGCCCCGCCCGUGUGAUGCUCUUCGAAGGGUCGCACCGACGCUACUGGCCGAAAGCAGAGUGAAGUCCUCCAUGCGGUUGAGGUCAGGUUUAGGCAGAAGCCUUGUGGCGCUUUCUGGAGUGUCUGCAGUCGUACCCUCGGCCACCAGUGACCGAAUGCUCCGAGCCCUGCUUAUUUUCGCUGAGAAAAAAUUGAGUGAGGCUGGCGACUCUGAGGCCGAUGCCCCAUGGCUGCAGCUCUUGCAUAUCUUGGCGACUCAUUCCGUCCACCAGAGGCUUGAGGAAGGCAAGACAGUCAUUGAUAGACUGGCACGGAAAGCCGGUAUACUAUCCAAUCUUUGGUUGAGAACAGACGAGGCCGUCGGUAGCCAUCAAAUGCCUCUCGCACUCCGGAUGGAAGUGGCGGGACGAUGGUCCGAGGCGCUGACUCUCAACGGAGGAGCUCGCGGCCUUCCAUCGCCCUAUAAGCGGCUCAAAAGACUGCUGAGCUCGGAAAAUGUCGAUCUGGAACGAGUUCGAGAGGUAGCAUCCGAGGUCGCCGCUCUAAGUGAUAUGAGUCAGUGAUUGCUCACCUACA